AUGGUUAUAUUACACGACGACAAAUAUUACGAGAGUCGUAUACCUCAACCUGAUUUAGGAGCCUUUGGAAAUAUUCUACGGUUUAUCUGGAACAAGAAACGAAAAGCAUUCCUCGGUAGAACAGGAAAAGAAUGGGGUAAUCUAGGACUGUUCUAUUUGUGUUUCUUCUCCGUGUUGGGAGCAAUAUUCGCGCUUCAAAUGAAGAUCAGUGUGGAUUUUGUUUCCAAGUUGGACAAACCGUUCUUUCAGUACACUGACCCAGCUACAAGAUCCAUAUUAAUGCCGAAGUAUUUCAAUUCACUUCGGAAAUUCGGUAGUCCAGGAAUAGCGUUUAAACCAAGAAGUAUAUCGGCAUCAUCGCCAAUCAUUUCGGUGAACAAUUCAAGCAUCAAAGCUAGACCAAAAAGAUAUAUUCAAGCCUUAACGGAUUUCCUCCGAGAGUACAAUGCAAAUGUAUCGAAAUAUAAUGUCAAUUGUCAACACCAAAAUUAUGAAUUCAAUCGUACGAGGAGGCCUUGUUUCUUUGAUACAAAAAGUCUCGGGGUAUGCAGUAGAUAUCCGUACGGAUACUCAAAACCUUUGAAACCCUGUGUUCUUGUCAAAUUCAAUAAGAGGUUCGAUUGGGUACCCGAUUAUUAUAAUCAAUCCUCGCGUUUGCCUAAGAAUAUGCCGAAUAACUUAAAGAUGGCGAUACAGUCGUCAGAAAAGUUUUACAUUUGGUUAUCUUGCGACGGUGCAAACAGCGUUGAUAAAGAGCAUAUUGGAGAAAUAGAUUACAUUCCAAGUCCUGGGUUUCCAAUUGAAUAUUUUCCGUUUACCGGCCAGCAAGAUUAUCUUUCGCCCAUUGUUGCGUUACAUUUCCAGAAUUUAACACCAAACAGAUUGGUCACGGUUGAAUGCAAUUUAUGGGCCUUCAACAUCGAACAACGAUCUCAUUACUCAUUAGACUUCCAAAUAAUAAUAGAUGACUGGUAA